GAUCUGAUCAAAUCAAACCCUUUUCCGAAAAUCAGCCUGAAAUUAUGUAAAUUAAAAAUGAUGACAUUUUUGUACGUAAUAUAGCCUUUUUAUAUACGACACGCGUUUUGAGUGAACAAGACAUUCUGAAAGAAUUAGUGUGAAUGAAUAAUUGAUAGAGAUAUUAAUUUUGGUUAGAGAACGGGGAUGGGGUGUUUGUCUUAUGCGGAGUUAUUCUCAUGGCGUGAAGUUUGGGGGAUUUGUUAGGUGGUGUGUUGAUGUUGAUUAUUUUCUACAUAACCAAGCUAUGAAUUAACGCAAGAAGAUUUGCUUGUAUAGGAAGUAUAUUGUAAGCCAAGACUGACGAAAUUGAGUGUAAUUGAGCUUUGAGGAAUGAGCGGCUGAAAUUUUGAUUAGAUGGACCGUCGUAGUUGGCUUUGGCGACGGAAGUCGUCGGAGAAAAGUCCCGGCGAAACUGAGAGUUCCGGCUCCAUUUCUUCGCUUUCUGAAAGAUUCUCCGAUGAUCAAAUUUGUCAAACUCAUAUUACUCAGUCUCCUGAAGUGACAUCUAAAGGUUUACCAGGAGAUGAAGAAGUAAGUGAUAAUGUGAAGAGUCUAAGUGACAAACUCUCUACUGCUCUCCUAAAAAUCAGUGCUAAGGAAGACUUAGUAAACCAACAUGCCAAAGUAGCAGAAGAAGCUGUUUCAGGCUGGGAAAGGGCUCAAAAGGAGGUGUCUAAUUUAAAACAACAAUUUGAGGCUGCUGCUCAGAAGAAUUCGGCACUUGAAGAUAGGGUGUCUUAUCUUGAUGGAGCACUCAAGGAAUGUGUUAGACAGCUUAGGCAAGCAAGAGAAGAACAAGAGCAGAGGAUUCAAGAAACUGUUGCCAAGAAAACUUGUAAGCUGGAAUCAGAAAAAUUUAAUCUACAAAGCCAGCUUGUGGAUUUACAGAAACAACUUGAAACUGCCAAAAGCGAGGCUACUAUCUCAGAUGAUCUAGAUCUUUGCUUGAAGCUUGAGGCUGCAGAGAAAGAGAAUUCAUCUCUUAAACUUGAGCUCCUUUCUCGUCUUGAAGAGCUAGAACUAAGGAUUAUUGAGAGAGACCUAAGCAUCAAAGCGGCUGAAACAGCCAGCAAGCAACAUUUGGUGAGCGUUAAGAAGUUAGCUAAGCUUGAAGCUGAAUGCCGAAGGUUACAAGCUGAGGCUCGUAAAGCGGUUGCUACUAGUGAUCAAAAGUCUUUCACUGCCUCCUCAAUUGGUAUUGAAUCUUUAAUAGAUGGUCAGACAGACAGUGGGGAGAGGCUUCUAGCUGUUGAAACUGAUACACAUAAGCUGAGUGGCUUGGAGACAAAUAAAUGUGGGACAAGCCUUACUGACUCAUGGGCAUCUGCAUCAAUCCCAGAACUUGAUCAAUUUAAGGAUGAGAAGGUGUUGAGCAGAAAUUUCAUGGUCCCUUCUGGGGAAAUUAAUCUCAUGGAUGAUUUUCUUGAAAUGGAGAGGCUUGCGGCGUUGCCUGAUACUGAAAGUAGAAAUAUUUCCUGGGAUUCUGGACCACUAUCAGAUCAACUCAGUGCUGGUGGGAGCUCACUAAAAGCUGAACUUGAAGCCAUGAUUCACCGGACUGCUGAGAUUGAAGAAAAGAUAAAAAAGAUGGAAGCAGAAAAAAUCGAACUAGAGAUGGCUUUGACAGAAUCUGCGAAGCAGCUUGAGACAACAAAAAAUCAGCUGAGGGAGGCUGAAUUGAAGCAGGUGGAGCUGCAAACUCAAUUAGCUCAUGCAAACAAAUCAAAGCAAGCUGUGGAAAUAGAAAUAAUGGCUGCAAAUGCUGCAAAAGAAAUGUCAGAGUCUCAAUUUAGGGUUGCUGAAGCAGAGAUUAAGACACAGUUAGCUCUUGCAAACAAAUCAAAUCAAGCAUUGGAGGAAGAGAUGAAAGCUGUAAAAGCUAGAAAAGAAGUAGCAGAGUCACGACUUAGAGAUGUUGAAUCAGAGAUGAAAACUUUGCAUUCAAAAGUUGCUUCCUUAGAAGAAGAACUUAAAAAGGAGCGUGCUCUUUCUGAUGAAAAUUUAUCCAGUUAUCAUAAAUGCCAGGAUGAGCUAAUAAAAAUGAAAAAUGAAGUUAAGCCAAGCUUUAGAUCAGAUUUGAAGAUCUUACAGGAGAAAGAGCUAGGAGUGGCUGCCAAUAAAUUCGCAGAAUGCCAGAAAACAAUUGCUUCUCUUAGCCAGCAGUUGAGAUCUCUUGCUACCCUAGAAGAUUUCCUUGACCCAGAAACAUCAUUCGACUUAACAGGCGAAGUUGAAAAUGGAGGGAAAUCAUGGAGUUCACAUUCUCAUGAAUUUACAUUUGUCAAAUAGAUUUUCAAAUUUCUUUGAAGCACUCGCUGACUGACCAAGUCCAUCAAAAGGUAAAUGAUAUGGAGUCAGCAUUAUAUUUAACCCAGUUUCGAGAGGUUCUGUUAGGAAUUAAGAAUGGAAAAUGGAAGGAGUACAUCUGAGGAUACAAUGAAAUCUUGGCGCUUAAGUUUUUCAUUGUAAAGAAAGGCAAUUUAUACUUUAUUACCAAUACUAAAUAGCAUGUAUCAUACAAUUGCCCAAAGAAAAUAUAUUAUAUAUUCAAUUGACA